AUGGCCCGUCAGCGGCUCUCGGGGGUCUCUGAGGCGAUCGUCGCGGCUCCUGGAAUGGCAAUCUCGGGAGUCGGCGCGGCGGUGUUGUGCUCCAUGGCAUCGAUGGCGAGAUCUGCCGGGCCCCGUCCGUUAAGCUUUAGCGAGCCACGCACGCUGUGUGAUAACGCCAUUUUGGCGCCAUCGCACCCAAGCAAAGCUACUCAACACCUACUGCCCGUUUCUGACUGGGUUUUUUUCCCUCCCCCUGCGACUCUGCAAUCUUGGGGGUGCAACCCAAUAUCGAUCUCGCCGCCUCUGUCAAUCACAAUCCCCGGCCUGGCUCCUCCUCCUCCGCCGUCCUGCAGCGUCUGUCGUUUGCGAACCUGCUGGAAACCGAAACUGCAGCCCUGCGUCCGACUCGACUUGGCCUCUGCACUGCCGAAUCAGCGGGCGGCCAACCGUCAGAAUUCCUCCAUCAAAUUCCAUCAUCCGGAUUCCAUCAUCCUCACCACCGCGAGCGCCACCAGCCAGAACUGCCAUUCGCCAUCCCUCGAACCGCAGAAUCCCGUCGUGUUCGUAUCCUCGCACGCAACGGCUCACGGGCCUCGUCCUGCCACUGCUGUCUCGUUAGACGGAACGGAGCAACGGGCUCUCGCAGCGUCCUUCUCACCGCAUAUUAUCCCCAUGGAGUCCCUGUCGACUUCUCCCGGCCGCGAGCCGACUUCUCUCUCUUCCCUGUCUCGAGCCCACUAUGACCACUCUUCGACGGCCGAAGCAGUUGUCACUGCCUCUCUAACACCGACUGCGACAUCACCUUCGCCUUCACCUUCGCUAUCCACCUCUACUGUCAACACUCUGCCUUCGUCGUCGCUCUCCGUCUCCGUUCCUGCUCUUGAUCCUGCUUCUGUCGCUACCUCCAACUCUGUUUCUGCCCAUCAGUCCUUGUCGCAGCAGCCGCCAUCGAAAGACAACUGCGAGCGACGCCGCGAGGGUGAGGAAGAAAUCCCCUCCAAGGGUCUCGUCAAGAUGCCCUUCGACCUCGUUGGCAAGACCUUGAGUCCCUUUCUCAAAGAGCACAUUCCCGACCAAUAUGCUCCCGUUGGCAAGAACCUCAAGAGAGACGACACUACCGGCACCGGCAAUGCCUUGGUCAAUAUCAAGGACCCCAAUACCAAGUACUGCUAUCGCCAUCGCCCCGAUUCAAAGUGUCGUCGAGCCGCAGAUGAGACCAAGAUGGGAACCAUUCAACGGGAGCUCAACAGUCUCUCAUCCGCCGACCAGGAAGCAAUUACCCAUGUCUGGUCUUUGUUCUCCGCCGCCCCGGCCAAACAUCGCGAACUGAUGCUGCAGGGCAUCAUCACCCAGUGCUGCUUCCCCCAGCUCUCGACCGUCUCCCGCGAAGUCCAAGAACAGCUCAAGAUCGAUUUCAUCGCCACCCUGCCCGUAGAACUAUCGUACAAGAUCUUGUGUUAUUUAGAUACCGUAUCGCUGUGUAAAGCUGCGCAGGUCAGUCGGCGCUGGAGGGAUCUGGCCGACGAUGACGUCGUUUGGCACCGAAUGUGCGAACAGCACAUUGACCGGAAAUGCACAAAGUGUGGCUGGGGUCUGCCGCUAUUGGAGCGGAAAAAACUCAUGGCAUGGAGCCGGCAUCAACAGACGGCGCACCCAACUCCAUCCAAUCGCGCCGCCGAGGCUUCAGCUGAGCCCGCCUCAGCUCCCGCCCAAGGCUCCAACAAACGAGCCAUGGUGGUUCGCGACGACGGCGCCGCCAAGCGAUCACGGGUCAACAAAUCGGGCAACGGCCGGGCGCAGCUCGACGAAGAACGAAAGUUUCGGCCGUGGAAGGACGUGUAUAGGGAUCGUUACAAGGUUGGAUACAACUGGAAGACGGGACGCUGUUCCAUCAGGACAUUCAAGGGCCACGAAAACGGCAUCACCUGCCUGCAAUUCGACCACAACAUCUUGGCGACCGGAUCCUACGAUACAACCAUCAAGAUCUGGAACGUCGAGACGGGAGAAUGCAUCCGCACGCUGCGUGGACACACUUCGACGAUUAGGACCCUGCAGUUCGACGACGCCAAGCUGAUCAGCGGAAGCUUCGACAAGACGAUCAAGAUCUGGAACUGGCACACGGGCGAAUGCAUCAGUACACUCCAGGGACACACAGAUGGUGUCCUCUCCAUUCACUUUGAUGGGUGUAAGCUCGUUUCGGGCUCCAUCGACAAGACGGUCAAGAUCUUCAGCUUCGAUACCAAGCAAACCUGGACGCUGCGGGGUCACUCCGACUGGGUCAACCAUGUGCGCCUCGAUUCCGCAUCUCGCACCGUCUUCUCAGCCUCCGACGACCUCUCCGUUAAGCUGUGGGACCUGGACUCGAAGCAAUGCAUCAAGACUUUCUUGGGCCAUGUCGGACAGGUGCAGCAAAUCUUGCUGAUGCCACCAGACUUUGAGCCUGACGAGGACCCCAACGCUGACAAGACCGAUGCCGCAUCAACGAAUAGCGGACGGGGCGAUUCCCCAGCACCUCUUCCAGACCAGACAUCCGACCGGCGUGCUGCGUUUGGCUCCGGCUUCGUGUCGGAUCCCUCUCGGCCUCUGCCUCCCCGCUACAUGCUUACCGGUGGCCUCGAUAAUACGGUCCGACUGUGGGACAUUGCCACAGGCAAAUGCGUCCGCAGCAUGUUUGGUCACGUCGAGGGCAUCUGGGGCUUGGUGGGCGACACUCUCCGUGUCGUCACUGGUGCCAAUGAUUCCAUGACCAAGGUCUGGGAGCCUCGUUCCGGCAAGUGUGAGCGCAGCUUCACCGGCCACGCUGGCCCUGUGACUUGCGUUGGGCUGAGCGAUAGCCGCAUGGCAAGUGGCAGCGAGGAUGGAGAAGUUCGCCUCUACAGCUUCGAAGGUACCAGCUUGGAGGAAAGGGGAACGCCGUCUUAG